CGUGGUUUGGGCGGCCAGGUAGAGGCUGGAGGAAGAGUACAAAAUAAACUGAACACCAACUCAACCAAACAUGAGGAUUUAUUUGAAAGCUUCCUGUUUUUUGAUUUUGGGAUUAAUACAUCCUGUCAAUAUGUCGUUUCCUGGCCCUCCAGAAGACUUGGAGGGAUCAGGAUAUGACUUGGAAGAUUCUGGCUCUGGUUCAGGAGAUUGGACAGAACAAGGUGAAAUUAAAAACACCAACAGCAAAGAUAUCCACAUUUUAGCAGCAGGAGGUGGAACCCAGACUAACUUUGAUGGUACUUCAGACCUGAACGACAACAUGGGAUCAGAAUAUGUUCUUGUGGCAAGCAGCAAGAUCUUUUUGGACAACAAAGAAAUCUUUGCUGCUGUUAUUGCAGGAGGAUUGAUAGGAGUGGUACUUGCAGCUGCAAUGGCUGCAAUAUUAAUCUAUACAUGGCAGCAGAAAGAUAAUGAAGGAUACGUCCUGGCCCAGCAGACGACUUCACAUGGAGAUUAUCACAGACCCAACAGGGAAGAAGUGAUUGUUUAACUUAACAUUUUAACACCAAUGUUUAUGUUUUAAAGGGAGGUUGCCAGGCAAAUGUAUGUACCUUGGGAGCGACUGUAAACGUUUUGUCUUCUCUUAAUAUUGGGGGUGAAUCGCUGACUAUCCCACCUAAUACAAAUGUAUCUGCAGUUGUUCAUUGAUAAUGUAUUUAUAUUUAUGAAGAAUUGUUUUUGUUUACUAUCUUAAAAAGGAUUUGAGAUUGCUUCAUUCUACACAGGGCCAAAGGUAUCAUUGAAGUUUUGCUACUAAUUUUAACUUGCUUUAUUUCUUUAUAAAUGAUGGGUUGUCAGCAGGUGUAUGAUCUUAUUUGGCAUUGUUUGUGCGUAAAGAAGAUCAUAGAUGUAGUAUGUGAUUAAUUAUCAACCAUGUAAAAUAUACUUUGCUAUGUAAUUGUUUUAAAGUGGCAGCUAUCUUUGCUUCCAUGCACACUUUUUUGUAGCUUUUACAUUUAAAAAAUACACUUUAUGGGACUGGCUUUAUGAAA